UAUAUCAAUUAAGGGAUAACUGAAGCUAAAGAUUUUAUUAGUUUUAGAUAAUCAAUAUUAUAUUUGUUUUUCAUAUAUUGGAAACAAUGAAAGAAAAAUAAGAAAAAUUUUAAGCCAAUCAAAAUUUGCCAAGUACUAAAGUUGACCCCGAAAUCUCCUCGUUUCCCUUGCAUUAGGGCGCGAAAAUAUUUUCCCUCUUCUCUCCCAACGGAAAUCUCUCCCUUUCUUGUAACCAUCAGUCGCGUUAAGGCUUUCGUUAGCUUCUUUAAAUUGAGGCUAUUUUCUUUCUAUUCAGUCUAAGAAUCAGUAAAAUCAAUCCAAAAAUCCAUCUCUGAAGAGAAAGAACUUGAAUUGAUUUCCUUUUUUUUCACUUCUUUGGGUGAUCUAUUCUGUCAAUCUAAUGGGAAGCUCUGUUAUCAACGUCCCAUCGUCGUCGUCAUCAUCAUCAUCAUCAUCACCAUCAGCGCGCAUCCAUCAGACGCCGGAGAACGAAGGCGAGGAUUGCGAUGGUCUAGAGGUCGAAACCGAAAUUUCAGAUCUGAAUCGAUCAUGCCAGGGCCUAGGGCACGAGGAAGUGAAUCUAAGUCAAUUAGUUUCUGAUAAGAAAGAACUUGCGGAGAAGUUUGAAAAGAUGGGGAAUGUGGUCGAUGAGGUUGUGAAUGUGAGUGAUGAUGAUGAGGAGGAGGAGGAGGGGGAGGAAGAGAUUGGGGAGAUUGGAGCUCGUGAAUUGUGUAAAGAAAUCGAGCUCUUGGAGGCAAUGUUGGAGAGGGGAAGUUUUGGUCUGCUUGAUAUGCAGAUGAUGAUGGAAGAAGUUGAGGCCUUGAAGGGGCCGGAGAAGAUGAUGAAUGAGAUGGAGGUGAAGAUGGGAAAGUUGGAGUCUGGGUUGUGGGAGCUUAAGAGUGCUAUUUUGGAGUUGAAGGGCAAGAAGAGCAAGGAAUUGAUGGAUUGGGUUAAAAAAGAGGAAGAGAAGAAAUUGGAGUGUGAUGGACAGGAAGAGGUGAAUGCAAGGAAGCCCAAUUGGGGUUCAAUUAUUGCCUCAAUUGGAGCUGUUGUUGUAGCUGUUGCCGCUGUAGUUUUCAUGGGACGCACCAGGAUGGUGAUUAAAGCCAAGAAGGGGAACAAGCGCGAAACUGGUUAGGGUCUCUCUCUUAAUAUGAAUCUGUGCUAUUUAUCAUGAUAAGCUUCCUUUGUACUGAUUAGAGAGCUAAGCGUGCAUUAUGCUGAUUAAUGUAGGAGUGAAUUAGGUUGUAAAUCUAAGUUACCUUUUUGUAAAUAGUUUUAGCUUUAGUCAUUUCAUCUUUAUGGUUUAUGGAUCCCUGUAUUUGAGAAAAUAGUGAUGAAGGCAAUGUUUUUGCAAUUACGUUUAUCGAUUAGUAGGUAUUAAAAUUUGUUUCAGGAUCAUUGCUAUUUGUUAUCAUGCAUUUAAGAGCAUAAAAAUCUUUGAUUUCAAUAAUUUCCUCACAAUUAUGAAAGUGAAUUUUAUUGCUUUCUUGAGAAAAACUUGCACAAAAAAACCCAAAUAAACUAUAACAAAUU